CGUGAAUGCAAAGGCAGUGAUGGUGCGAGAAACGAAGUGAUAACACAAAGCUCAUGAUCUUGAACGAGUCAUGCCUUAUAUUCCACUCUUGCUGCAAUUUCUGGUUACUUUUUGGUGCUGCUUGGUUGACACUACAUCAAAAGUCGUGCAGGGGGGAAUGGCUCAAGGAAUAAAACCAAUAGAAAAUGGAAAAGGACAAGAAUAUCCCACAGAAUUGGAAGAUGCACUGUACAUCACAGGAACUGGAAAAUUCCACAAUCUUCUUCUCUUCUCAUGUGGAAUUGGUUUAAUAGGUGUGAUGAUGGAAACUUUUGGAGUUUCAUUUCUGAUACCUUCAGCACAAUGUGACUUCAAUCUUUCAACAGCAGACAAAGGCUUACUUAAUGCAGUGUAUCCAGUGGGGAUGAUUUGUGGGUCGCACAUGUGGGGUUAUCUUGCAGACACAAGAGGUCGCAAAAAAGCUCUUGUAGCUUCAUAUCUUCUAGAUGGUUUAUGUGCCAUAAUAAGUAGUUUCAUACCAAUUUUCUGGAUUUUUCUCACCUUUCGUUUUAUAUGUGGCUUCUUGAUAUCAGGAGCAUCUUCAGUAAUAUAUGCUUAUUUUGGAGAAUUCCAUGCUACAGAAAACAGAAACAAAGGAUUGAUGUGGUUAUCUGUAUUUAUAGGCAUUGCAAUUUGUGCUCAACCAGGUAUUGCUUGGUUAAUAAUUCCACAAACUUGGGUUUGGCACCUUCCAUGGUGUUUGUACAAAUCUUGGAGGGUUUUCAUUGUUAUCUGUGCCUUACCCACGCUUCUGGCUGCUAUUGUAACAGCUUUCUGCCUCCCAGAAACCCCAAAAUUCCUUAUGGCAGUGGGGAAAAAAGAUGAGGCUCUUAACAUAUUGAGAAAUAUGUAUGUGAAGAAUUCUGGAAACAGUGUCGUAAAGUAUCCAGUAAAUUCAAUAAUUUUAACAGAAGAUGAUGCUACGCAAGUUUCUCCAUCUGACAGUGGGUCAUCAGUAAUUGAUUUAAUUGUUCACAUGUGGAAUCAAACUGUUCCUCUUUUCAAAACACCAUUUUUAUGGAAGACAUUGCUUGUCUGUUUUGUACAGUAUGGAUUAUAUGCCAGUUCAAAUGGGCUUUCAUUGUGGCUUCCUGACAUAUUUAAUCAUCAAGCAGCAUAUUUUUCUAUUCACCCUGAUGCACGAGUCAGUACAUGUCAAAUUUACAAUACAAUUGGAAGACCUAUUGAAUCACCUAAUGUGUCACAACCCAUUGAUAUAUCACUGAAAUUCAUGAAACCUACAACUGUGGAUUUGCACACCAAUGACACACUUUCAUUUGCCUGUGAAAAUAGCAUACUUAUUUUAAAUGUUAAUAAUGUCACACAAAUUCCUGUAGAAGCUUCCCCCAUUUUUUUAAAUUGCUUUAACAACACUUUUCUUCACAACUUUAGUGAUAACAUUCUCCAGAUUGAAGUUCAGGGAAAUGAAAUUAUCCUAACAGCCUUAAAUACACCACAUUUCAGAAAUCUCAUAGAAACUAAAAUUGAAAAAAAUCCUUCAGUGUCAGAGGUCUCAAAUUCAUCUGAAUGCAAUAAUCAUAUUGAUAUAUCAGCAUUUCAAAAUACACUAAUAAUAGGUGCAGCAGGUGCAAUAUCCUUUGUCAUCGUAGGUUUCUUAAUAGGGCCUCUUGGAAAGAAACCAAUAAUCAUGGCCAGCUUGUUUUUUGGAGGACUUGCUGGAUUAUUGCUUGAUUAUGUAAAUGCUGACUGGGAAUUUUUUUUGAUGGCACUAGCUUUUGUAACAUUAUCCGGUAUGUGCAUAGCUGUCACAGUUUCAGUUGUGGUGGAAAUAUUUCCAACUAAUCUACGGGCUAUGGCAGUAUGUCUUUCACUAAUGUGUGGAAGGUUAGGUUCUUUCACAGCACAUAUGUUGAUGGGAGUACUUCUGGAAACAAAUUGCUUAAUAAUGACUUUUGUGCUUGGAGGACUUUGUGCAUGUUGUGGAAUUAUUUCAGUUUUUCUUCCAUCUCCAAAGAAAAGUAGUUGAUACAGUCAAUUUUCACAUCUACAUUUAAUUUAUUGAUAAUCAAAUUGACAUAUUUCUGUGGUAAUCUUCAUAAAAGAUAAUCUUUCUGUAUGAGAUGAGUAGAUAAACCCAACAACUCGGGAAAUAGAUCCAAGUUAAUUUUGAGAGAUCUCAGUGUUCAGAGUUGAAGCAGCACUCUUAAGACCAUCUAGAGAUAUUAAGAUAAACUUAAUGAAGAGAAAGUGUUUUCAAGAAUGUGUAGCAGAAAUGAUAGACAGGAGAAGGAAAAGGAAGAAAGAAGAAACAAAAAACAACAGGUAGACAAGACCUGGUCCAUCUGAAAUCUUCUUCCUUUUAUAAUCAUAAUAAUAAUAAUAUACAUUGAAUUAAGGAUUAUACAGGACAAGUCAAUAAUACAAUGAUGUUAAGUUGUAAAUUGUAUUUCAACAUUUCACGACUGAUUUAUCCCCCCCCCCCUGUUCCAAAGGUGAGAAUAUGUGGGGUGUUAAACACCCAUGAAACAUAAUAAAAUAUAAAACUUAAAUUCCAAGUGUCAUAAUUGCUCUCAAUGGUCUUUAAUUCAAUAUAUAAUAUUAGUAAAAGACUUUCUGAAAAUAAUUAUCAUCUUAAAUAAUAGCAAGAAUAUUAAAAGGUCCUUGUAAUUGCAUUUUUUACUUUGUAAAAUUAAUUUAUUCAACAGAAACAUUAAAAAACAGAAAAAUCUC